GGGCCAUGACAUAGCCCUACGGUCCAUCCGAGUAGGCUUUAGAGACUUCGCCCACGAUAUGAUGAUGCGGAUGGGCUCUGAGAUGCAGGCCCGUAUGAAGAACACAGAACAAUUAUGUGUUGGCACCAUAGAGCGCGCCAAGCUUGCAGUCCCAAAGGAGGAGGAGGCACACCCGCGUAGGGAACGAGUCAAAGUGAAGUUCCCUGACGCCUACGGAGGGAAACAGGGGGAAGACUUUGACAAUUGGGAGGCCAACAUCAAUUCCUACAUGCACCUCCAGGAUAUUAUCCCUGAGGAGCAGGUCGUCGUCGCGUUCCAUGCCCUUACAGACAAAGCGUCUAGCUUCGCCAGGUCGUUAGCCCGCGCCGCCAAAUGUGACAAUGAUAUGGUGUCAUAUUCCACCACCACUCCCCUCAAUGAAUUCCUAAAGUUACUUCGCAAACGUUUCGCAGAUGUAACUAAGGGAAUCAAGGCCUCAGACAAGCUUCAGACGAUCCACACACGUCAGUGGAAGAGUGCAAGGAUGCUCAAGGGAGCUAUGGAUGAGCUUGUUGUGGUUCCAAACCAUGGGGUCACUAAGCCACAAUUGGUUCAGUUAUUCUUUUGGGCGAUGCCUGAAAGUUUGCACAUGCACUUCUAUGACAAGUCACGAGAACAAGGGAUGACUUAUGAUAGAUUGAGUCGCGACGUCGUUGCCUACGAGGCCCAGUCCACGCCAGUCAUUGCCUUUUGGCACAGAGAUUUUGACAAGGGUAAGAAGUGGAAGGGCCGAACCAUUUUAGGGCAGGUUAAGGGGAAAGACAGCCUGAUCCUGACAUUGGAUGAAGGAGGAAUGGAGGAGGUCCCGUAUAGUGAGAUUGAGUGGGGCCUCGAGGAGGAAGACAGGAGUGUAGGUCAGGGGAGGUCCUAUGCUGCUGUUGCGGCUGGAGGGAGGCCGCAAGGAAGAGGAGGAGGCCAGGGCCAAGGGGGCCGGGCCUCAGGUGGUCGAGGACAGGAUGAUCAGGGGGUUGGCGGCAGGGGAAACCGCCAAGAGGGAGGCAGGGGUCAAGGUGUCGCCUCAACCCGGUGCAAUGCUGCUUCGUUGGAGAUGCCAAGUUUGCAGGUAGGUCGUGACACAGUGUUCUCUGGCUCAGGCACAGGAAUUGUUAUUGCAACAGGUGACCGCACAAUGAUGGGUAACUUAGCAAAGCUGACAGCGGACUCAUCUCAUGAGGAAACCCCAAUUGGUCUGGAAAUCGCUGCAUUUGUCAAACUCAUUGGAGGCUUUGCAUUCAUUUUUGGGAUUGGGGGGUUUGUACUAGGAAAGCGGAUACUUUGGCGCCAAAAGCGCCAGGACCACACCCUCAUCGUUUUUGACGACGAUAUUGUGGAGAAGUGGCCAUUGGAGGCCGAGGGUGUGACGGGCAGCAGUGAUUCCGGGAAGGGGGAAGUCACUGCUGCUGUGGUCAACAAGGGAGGACCACGACUACCAAAGGAAGGUGAGUUACGUCUCUGUAUAGACUACAGAGGAUUGAAUGUUGUCACUGUUAAGAAUGUUGAACUGCUUCCUCGCAUUGACGACUUACUUGACCAGUUACAGGGAUGUAGGUACUUCAGCAAGAUCGACUUGAAAUCUGGGUAUCACCAGAUCGAGGUGGAACCCUCCGAUCAGCAUAAGACCGCUUUCCGGACCAGUUGGGGACUCCCUGCUGCAGCGCCCACCAAGGUGAUGAAGAUGGCGACCACCAUAGCCAGAAGAGGCCAAGGCCGGCGCGAUCCUGAAGGAGAGGAAAGAGAAGAAAGAGGCCAAGAGAAAGGCCUUGAUGGAGGAACAGGCGGCGAAACUGAAGAAGAUAGAGGAGGAAAUGGCCAGAGAAAGGAAAGGUUGAAGAAAGAGGAGGAAGCGAAACUGAAGGAGGUAGAAGAGGAGGAAGAAGAUGAUCAGCCAUUGGAGAGGAGGAGAUGGCAACGAGGGCAGACCAGUGAAGUUAGAGAGGAUGAAAUGGAAAAGAGGAUCUCGGAAUGGGUUGCCAACUUGUCCUUGGCAGAAGAGGAGGUUGUAAUGUAUAUCCCUAAGGAUGAGCAAGAAGCCUCCGUUAAAGCAUGGGAUGUAGAGGAAGACCCCCUGAAGCGGCAGGCGAUGGAAGAUGAGACGAGGAUGGAGUGGAGGCUAAGAAUGAUGAGGGAAAAAAAGAGGAGGGUGGAUGCAGCAAGUGAGGCGGCCAAAAAAUUAGAGGGGGUAAAAAACUUGAAAGAACAAUUGGCCGCCCAGGUGGAUCUCCAACGAAAAGUGGAGAUCAUCGCCCAAAACGUCGAGCGCUUGGCGCGAGUCCAGGAGGAACAGUAUGCGUUUAGCAGAGGUCAGGAUAUGGUCGUGAGCUCGAUGCGGAUGGGAUUUCGUGAUUUUGCUCACGAACUGGUAGGCGCCGUAGGAGCUGAGGUGAAGCAUCGCCUCAAGAAAACAGAACGCUUCUGCGUCGGCGCCAUUGAAGGUGUUAAACUUGCGGCUCCCAAGGAAGAGGAAGCACGUCCUCGCAGGGAGCCAGUCAAAGUCAAAUUCCCUGAUUCCUACAGCGGGAAAAAGGAAGAGAACUUUGACAAUUGGGAAGCCAACGUUAGAACGUACGUGCACCUGCAGAAAGUGUCCCCCGAUGAGCAGGUCCUGAUAGCCAUCCAUGCAUUGAAGGAAGAAGCCGCCAGUUUUGCAUGCUCCUUAGUCCGUGCUGCUAACUGCAGCGAUGAUGUGGUUGCCUACUCUGCUUUCACCCCCCUCGCAGACUUUCUUAAGUUGCUGUACGGACAAUUUGCAGAUGUCUCGCGCAGUGUCAGAGCCUCUGACCGAUCGCAGACUAUCCACUCUCGUCCGUGGAGGAGUGCCAAGGCACUCAAGGGAGUAAUGGACGAGUUAGUGGCUACUCCUGACCAUGGGGUCACAGAGACCCAACUGGUCAACCUCUUCUACCGGGCUAUGCCCAAAUCGCGUGGGCUCUUCUUUGAGAAGAGCCAGCAACCCACCAUGACCUAUGACGCCUUGAGCAGGGAAGUGGUGGCAUUUGAAGCAAAGUCUGCGUCAGUUUCCACUUUCUGGCACAAGGACUUGGACAAGGGAAAAAAGUGGAAGGGUCGCACUAUCUCAGGACAAGUGAAGACAAAGGAUAACCUGAUCCUUACCUUAGACGAGGGUAGUGUCGAUGAGAUCCCCUACGAUCAGAUAGAGUGGGGGCUCGAGGAAAAUGACAGUAGCAGUAGUCAGGGGAGGACCUACGCUGCUGUCGCGGCUGGAGGGAGGCCGCAAGGAGGACGAGGCCAGGGCCAAGGGGGUCGGGCCUUAGGGAACCGUUCUCAGGGCGAUCAGGGGGUUGGCGGCAGAGGAGGAAACCGCCAAGCGGGAGGAAGGGGUCAAGAGGGAGUCCAGGCGUAUUUCCGCCUAGAAAAGGAUGGGAAGGUGGAGAAAGUUCUCCAUUCCCUGACUCUCCUCSUAGAGGAUAGCCUCCCGUUUGACAUAGUCCUAGGUAUGGACUGGGGAGAGGCAGCAGGGGCCACACUCCACUUGAGAGAGCACGAGUGUAGGCUCCCUAGUCCAACAGGCGAUGUCAAGACUGCCCGCCUGUUUCAUGUGUCAGGAGCAGACAACUCCCUGUCGCAUUGCUGCCUUAGCGCUCUUGCGUUCGCAAGGCUAGUGAAAAAGGAGCAGCUAGAGGAACAGGCUUUUGUAGCCUAUGUUAGGCCCGCCACUGAGCCUAAGGAAGAGAAGCCUAUGGACCCUGCUAUUGCCAAGCUGCUGGAAGGACUCACAGACUUAGCGAAGCCGCCGAUAGCAGUAGUACCGCGGCCGAUCCAGCAUCGUAUUGAGAUUGAGCCUGGCAGUAGGACCCCCAAGGGAGCAGUGUAUAGGAUGUCCCCACGGGAGUUGAAGGAGCUGCGCAAGCAGCUAGAUGAGCUCCUAGAGAAGGGUUGGAUUAGGCCCAGUUCGUCUCCAUUUGGAGCACCUGUUCUGUUUGUCCCCAAGAAGGAGGGAGAGCUUAGACUGUGUAUAGACUAUAGGGGUCUUAACGCUGUCACAGUUAAGAAUGCUAAGCCACUGCCCAGGAUAGACGAUCUGUUAGAUCGAGUGCAGGGGUGCAGAUAUUUUUCGAAGAUAGAUUUGAAGUCCGGGUAUCAUCAGAUAGAGGUUCAUCCUGAUGAUCAGUACAAGACAACUUUCCGGACAAGGUACGGGCACUACGAGUUCAUCGUGAUGCCCUUUGGACUAACCAACGCGCCAGCGACUUUCUAGCGAUAUAUGAAUGAUUUGUUUAGGCCGUGGUUAGAUAGGUUUGUUGUAGUUUAUUUGGAUGAUAUCCUAGUGUUUAGCAAGACCUUC